UUUGGAUCAGCCUCUUCUCUCUCUCUCUCUCCUCGUUUUUAAUUACACAGUUUCUCUUCUCUCUAUAUCCCAUAGAGAGAGAAAGAGAGAAAAAGAGAAAGAGAGAGAGGGAGCGAAGGAGAGGGACUUCUUCUCUUUCUUUUUCUUCAUCUUCAUGGAGCUUCAGAGGCGGCCGGAUCAUAAUCUCCAAGAGAAGAAAGGCCUGAAGAGGAAAUUGGAAGACGAAUUCGAACAAGACUCACAGAUCUCUCUCCUUCUCUCCGAUGUUAACCAACACGUUUCCAUCCUACUUUCUACUUUUUCAUCCAACGAAUCCGAUAGAGCUUCCGCUAAGCGCGCCACUCACGCCCUCGCCGAUCUUGCUAAAAACGAGGAAGUUGUUAACGUGAUUGUUGAAGGAGGCGCUGUUCCGGCUUUGAUUAUGCAUCUUCAACCGCCUCCUUUGCUUGAAAACGAUCCCGUUCAGAAACCGUUGCCGUUUGAACACGAGGUUGAGAAAGGGAGUGCUUUCGCUCUUGGUCUUCUUGCCGUUAAGCCAGAACAUCAACAACUCAUUGUUGACAGUGGCGCCUUGAAGCAUCUUGUUGAUCUUUUGAAGAGACAUAAGAAUGGAUUAACAUCACGUGCCAUUAAUAGUCUCAUUCGGAGGGCUGCAGAUGCAAUCACUAAUCUUGCUCAUGAGAAUAGCAGUAUUAAAACCCGUGUCAGGAUGGAAGGUGGGAUUCCACCAUUAGUUAAUUUGCUUGAAUUUGCUGAUACAAAAGUGCAAAGAGCAGCUGCUGGUGCACUGCGAACCCUGGCUUUUAAAAAUGAUGAAAAUAAGAAUCAGAUUGUUGAAUGCGAUGCGCUUCCAACUCUGAUUCUGAUGCUUCGGUCUGAAGACGCUGCUAUUCAUUAUGAAGCGGUUGGUGUUAUCGGAAAUCUAGUCCACUCUUCCCCCAAUAUAAAGAAAGAAGUUAUUCUUGCUGGAGCCUUGCAACCUGUUAUUGGACUACUUAGCUCCUGUUGUUCUGAAAGCCAGAGGGAAGCAGCGUUGUUACUUGGACAGUUUGCAGCGACUGAUUCAGACUGCAAGGUUCACAUUGUUCAGAGAGGUGCUGUACGGCCUUUGAUAGAGAUGCUUCAGUCCCCUGAUGUUCAGCUCAGAGAAAUGUCUGCGUUUGCAUUGGGGAGAUUGGCCCAGGAUGCACAUAACCAAGCUGGUAUUGCACACACUGGCGGCUUAAUGCCAUUACUGAAGCUUCUUGACUCAAAAAAUGGGUCUUUGCAACAUAAUGCUGCUUUUGCUCUUUAUGGCCUCGCAGAUAAUGAGGAUAAUGUGCCAGAUUUUAUCAGGGUAGGUGGAAUUCAGAGACUACAGGAUGGAGAGUUUAUUGUUCAAGCAACUAAGGAUUGUGUUGCUAAGACAUUGAAAAGACUAGAAGAGAAGAUUCAUGGCCGUGUGCUGAACCAUUUGCUGUAUCUUAUGAGAGUUUCAGAUAAGGCGUUCCAAAGGCGAGUUGCUUUGGCUCUUGCUCAUCUUUGUUCUGCAGAUGACCAGAGAAAAGUAUUUGUUGACCACAAUGGGUUGGAAUUGCUUAUUGGGCUUCUUUGCUCAUCCAGCCCUAAGCAGCAACUUGAUGGUGCUGUGGCUUUAUGCAAGUUGGCCAACAAAGCUACUGCUGUGUCUCCCGUAGAUGCUGCUCCUCCAUCUCCAACACCCCAGGUCUAUUUGGGAGAGCAGUAUGUAAACAAUGCUACAUUGUCCGACGUUACAUUUUUGGUUGAAGGUAAACGGUUUUAUGCUCACAGGAUCUGUCUACUGGCAUCUUCAGAUGCAUUUCGUGCAAUGUUUGAUGGCGGUUAUAGGGAGAAGGAUGCAAGGGACAUUGAGAUUCCAAAUAUUAGAUGGGAGGUCUUUGAGCUGAUGAUGAGAUUUAUAUAUACUGGAUCAGUUGAUAUCACUCUUGAUAUUGCUCAAGAUCUCCUCCGAGCAGCUGAUCAAUAUCUCUUAGAAGGGCUUAAGAGAUUAUGUGAAUACACGAUUGCACAGGAUGUAUCGCUGGAGAACGUGUCAAGUAUGUAUGAACUUUCGGAAGCCUUCAAUGCUAUAUCAUUGAGACACACAUGCAUCCUUUUUAUCUUGGAGCACUUUGAAAAACUAAGUGCAAGGCCAGGACACUCUCAUUUGAUUCUGCUUAUAAUACCAGAGAUCCGCAAUUACUUUGUUAAAGCUCUUUCAAAGGGGAGCUCCAGCAUCCAAGCGUAGCAUGUGCCAUUCUAUUAUUGACAUCUAACAGAUUGCAAUGUACAUAAUGUUAUUUCUUUCAUUGAAUGUGUGAGGGAGGUCUCCUUGAUUCAGAAAAGCGUGGCUUUGAAGAAAUGUCUUAACACCAGGUGGUGCCUGUUCUUUUCUGAUGUGGUGUUGGCCCCUUAUGGUUGUAAUGUAAUUGUCAUAGAUGUAGCAUACACGACGACCUUCACGAACAUUGUUUUUUUUCUCUUACAAUAUUGUGAUGGUUUUGAAUUGAUAGUUCUUUGUCUCAAUCGAUUUUGCAAUUGUUGAGUUUAUGAUCAUGCUGUAGGUUACCCAAACACUUCAUGUAUAUACGACAAUUAGAUAUUCCUCUGCAAGAAAGUUCUGUUGAUUGGUUGCUUAUGUUAAUCACUUAGUUUUUUCUGCCAUGGA